AUGUACAACAUGAUCGAUGUACUCCCUUAUGACGUGCUUCUACAAAUCUUUGCGCUUUUGUCAAUCUUCGAUGUUCUUCAAUGCAUGCGUGUUUCUCGACAAUGGUAUGCUUCAGUUCCAGAUUAUAGAACUGUAUUUCCUGGCUACGUUGUUUUAAAUGGAGAAAAGUACUGCGGGGAAUACGCAAGAUCUAUGGCAAAAGUUGGCGACUGUGUCCGCUCUAUAGUCCUUAAAAAAUCUACUUAUCACUCGGAGACUGAUGGUAUGAUUGGAUCGCUUAUUCCACGUUUCUUUCGCAAUAUAUCAACUUUAUUUCUCGAGGACUGCGGCAUACAAGCAGACCUAGGAAGGUGUCUGGGGAAGUUACCACAACUCUCUUAUUUGAAGAUAUCACCCGACAUUUUUAUUCCAGUGACAACAACAUUUAUAAAGAAUAUCCUUCGCCAUUCACCAAAUAUUACUUAUUUGAGUAUCGGUGGAGCUACUGAAUUCAUUGCCUUGUCUAACGGUCAAUUUGCCACACGUGCUCCGGCAUCCAGAUGCACCGAUUUACGACUACUUUCUCCGCCAUCCAGCUGCAUCAAUUUACAAUACUUGGACGUGAGGGGAUGCGAAAUUACUAUCGUCGACCUCGAGAAGGUUCUACUUGGCUGCAUAUGCCUGAAGUUUCUGGGUGUGCGCAACGAAGGAGACAAGGUCCAAAACAGAGCUAUAAUGGAUAAAUGCUGCCAUAAUCUUCGACAACUAUGCUAUUUGCCGUACAACUUUCAGCCUGUUACCGCAUGUUACGAUGAAAUCGAUGAUCGGCAACCAGUCAGCAACACCAUUUCUUUACGAGCACUGGACAUCGAUGUCACCGAUGCAGGUCGUUUUAUUGAUCAGAGCAAUCUCAAACACUUGUCUUUGCUGCAUUGUUAUGGUGACCUCAUGCCAAACGACCAUCCAUGGGAUAUUUUUUAUCAGAAUCGGCAUUCAUUGAAUUCAAUCGGUUUAGCUUUGGGGGUGGCCGAGGUGGAGGCGUACAUAUCAUCUCUGGGAUCAUUUCAGCAUCUGACAUCACUCCACUUAUACUUGUCUGAGGUGACGUUGUCGACAGAUAUUUUCAAUCAACUACAGGACAUGGCCCAACAGCAUCCAUCGCUACAAAGCAUUGCACUAUCAAUCGCACCCAUUCCACUUGAAAACCAGAUCAGAAUGAAUAGCGCUAAGGUGUCUUCCAUUGCAAGAAUCCCUCAUCUUAGGCGCAUCGACAUACUAUCUUGGCGAGUACAUGGUUUAUCGUUACUGCAAUUGUUUUCGAUCGCUACUGUUUUACAACACAUUGAAGUGCACAUGGCUCCUCUGCAAGUUACAUCACCUAUGUUUCUUGCUCUAGCAAGGUUACCGUUGGUCACACUCGUUUUGUCGUCCGAAGGAUAUCGAUUACUCGGUAUUUUAGACAAUGAUGGUUUAUCUUAUUUUGUUGACCACCAUGCUGGACCUCUCGCUGUAAUGACUGUUACUGGGAACUUCCAUGUUGAUAAACCCACUGCCAAAACUCUAGAGUAUGCUCGAGAGAAACUAGGAAAUCGAUUUAGGGGAUUAGCUGACAAUUUGAAGUUAAAAUAA